AUGCUCUCGAGAACAGCUUUGUCGCGUCAAGCAGCUUCGCUUCGCAGAUCCUCUGUCCUUGCUCAACGCUUUGCGUCCACCAAGUCGUUGCGCGAAACGUUACAGGAAGUCAUCCCCGUUAAACAGGAGCAGCUCAAGAAACUUAAAAGCGAACAUGGGCAGACUGUUGUUGGUGAUGUCAAGGUUGACAACAUCAUCGGUGGCAUGCGGGGACUGAAGGCAAUGCUCUGGGAAGCAUCAGUGCUCGAUCCUAUCGAGGGCAUUCGAUUCCACGGACUGUCGAUACCCGACUGCCAAAAGGUGCUGCCUGCUGCACCCGGAGGCAAGGAAAUCAUACCCGAGAGCAUGCUGUGGCUGCUCCUCACCGGACAAGUGCCCACCCAAGAGCAAACACAAGCGCUGUCGCGCGAGCUUGCCGAGAAAGGUGACCUCCCCAAAUUUGUAGAACAGCUCGUCGACUCGUUCCCGAGGACGUUGCAUCCUAUGACACAACUGGGCAUGGCCGUCGCUGCGCUCAACCACGACAGUUCGUUCCAGGCAGCGUACGAGAAGGGCAUGAAGAAGCCCGAGUAUUGGACACAUACCCUGGAAGACUGCAUCAACCUCAUCGCCCGUCUCCCUGCGCUCGCAGCCAGGAUCUACCGCAACGUCUACAACCCCGACAAGGAACUAGCACCUGUGGACAGGAACCUUGAUCUCGUUGGAAACUACUCGAGAAUGCUCGGGUAUGGUGACAACCACAGCUUGACAGAGUACCUGCGUCUGUACAUUGCCUUGCACGGAGACCACGAAGGAGGCAACGCCUCUGCCCACACCGCGCACUUGGUCAACUCUACUCUGGCCGAUCCAUACCUUUCAUACUCUUCGGCACUCUUUGCACUUGCUGGACCUCUGCACGGACUGGCCAACCAAGAGGUUUUGAGAUGGCAGCUUGCGAUGCAGAAAGAGCUCGGGGAGAACAUCUCGCAUGAGGAUAUCAAGGCGUACCUGUGGAAGACUCUGAAGAGCGGACAGGUUGUUCCUGGAUAUGGACAUGGUGUGCUGCGUAACCCUGAUCCUCGAUUCAUUGCUCUGCAAGAGUUCUGCGACAGCCGACCUGAAUUGAAAGGAAGCCCAAUCAUCGAUCUCGUGAACAAGACUUUCCAAGUCGCCCCUGAUGUUCUGAAAGAGCACGGAAAGACCAAGAACCCCUAUCCUAACGUCGACGCGACUUCCGGGUGCGUGCUGUACCACUACGGUCUCACCGAGUUCAAGUACUAUACCGUGAUCUUUGGCGUGUCGCGCGCGCUCGGUGCGCUGACGCAGCUCGUAUGGGCCCGUGCGCUCGGCUUGCCUUUAGAGAGACCUAAAUCGAUGUCGAUGGACGCACUGGAAAAGUUCAUCAAGAACCAGUGA